UACAGCAAUUACAAUUUGAAAUAAUUAUUUGCUUGUUACAUCAUUAUUGUAAGCAUGCAACUACGUUUAUUAUCAUAUGUACAUGGGUUAUAUGGUCCUUCUUCCCUACUAUCUGGUACAUAUAGAUGAGAACAUAUGUCUAUUGAUAUAAUAGGACAAGUAGAUCAAAAACCAACACAAAUUUAAAUAUUAAUAUUAUUGAUAAAUAUAAAUACUUGCCGAAAAUAAACUAGGUCAAUAAUAAUAUUUGUGAGCGUUAACGGCCCAUAUUGCCUCAGAAAUGCUAAUUGUUUCUCAAAAGUAUUAUUAUUAUUCGCGCCCUGUUGUAGUUUUUAAAAAAAGUUACUAUUUAACCAAUUGCCUGAGUCAUCUUUUGAUUUUGUUUAUUUUUGACAAUUGAUGGGUUAACAUUCAUUUAGUUUUUUGUAUUGAAGUCAAGGUAAUACUUUGCGAAGAAUGAUAUAGAAUGGACUUAGAUCCUAUUUUGACUGAAGCUAUCCUCAACGCAAAAGCUAAACAAAAUAAAAUGAUCUGCUCUGCGUCAACUAUUAUAAUUUAAUUUGUGACAACAUGUGGUCUGAGCAAUACUUUAGACCAAUAUCUAAGUUGUCACAACCAUUACAAGUUUAAAUAUAUUUUAACUUUCAGCAUAAUCGGUGUCAAAAAUAAAAUUAUCAAAGAGUUUUCUUGAUCAAGAAUAACAAAUUAUAUGUACACUGACCGCAUUUCAUCAAAAUGAAGAAAUUGGCAGUCUAUUAUUUUGCACAAAUUGACGACGUUGAAGAUCAUUCUUAAACUUCCAUGUAAAAUUGCUAGAGUUUAAGUACACAUUAACCGAUAGACACUUUGGAAUCAAGGAAUUAUGAUGUCGCUGCGUGAUAUCUGUUAAUACAAGCAAAAUGGUAUGCACUGAAGCUGUGUAUACCGAAGCAUCUCUUUAUCAAAAAAUAUUACUGAAACGUAAAGUACGAAAAUGGCUAUGUCAAAAUUUGAUGGCAGACUAGCCUCCCUCCAAAAUUGGCCCAAACGCAACUUAUUUGAUCUUGUUGGACUUGCUCGGGGUGGACUUUAUUUUCUUGGACCUAACGAUGAUGCUUAUGACAGACUUAGGUGUGCAUUUUGUGAGUUUAUUGUGGCAAACUUGAAAGAAGGUGAUGAUUUGUUGACAAUGCACGCCUCGUUUGUCCCAAUGUGUUGGAAGAUACUGACCUAUAAAGGCAAAGAAUUUGUACAGUCUGUCUUGCAAGAAGAGGAAGCAAAUCUAGAUGUCCAGUUCUUCUCAAAAUGUCCUGAUGAUGGAAUGUAUGCAUCUCGUCUACGUUCUAAGGAUCUCACUGUUCUUGGAAUCGCCGGACGGUUGUUAAAGGAUGAGCAAUCCUCGUCUACAAGUACUGGGUCAAGACAGAGGCACGUCACGGAGAGAGGCGUUCUAUUUACAGUACCAGAACAUUUAAACAUGAUGGACCCUCACAAAAGAAUGGCGUCUUUCGCUAAUAUGAACAUCUUGUAUAAAACUUUGCUAUCCCUGGACGAUGUUGUACAGGCAGGAUUCUUCUUUACAGGCGCUGGUGAUAGUGUGCGAUGUUAUUAUUGCGGAGCGGGCUUUAAGAACUGGAAGAGAAGUGAUGACCCGUGGGUAGUGCAUGCCCGGCAUGCCCCUCAUUGCAUGCAUGUUAUACUUACAAAAGGGGAGGAGUUUGUAGAAAAGAAACUUGCUGAUAGAAAUGGAAAUAGGGAAGUGAAUCCAACGUUUUUGCCUGCUGAAAAUGCGGGCAAUAGGAAGAGACCACGUGAGCCAGAACAAGAACGAGAAGAGAUGACCAAGGUAUUAAGAGUGGGUGGCAUCAAUGAUAGAGAAGGCACUGAUAGAAGUCGGUCAGAAAACACGAUCGCAUUCCCUUCCCCAGUAAGCCGCCAGCAGGGUCAAUCUUACCAAGCCAGGGGUCGGGGGCAAUCGGUCGGCCAGGUAGAAUGUGAUAGAUGCCAAAUGCUCGGACAUAUUUCCGCAGGCUUUGUGUCAGUAAAUGAUCGCACAUACAGAUGUGAGUCAUGCUGCAAACGUUUCCAGGACUGAAACGAGUUUACAAGUAGAGGAGAGAAAAAAAAUUACAUUUCAAUCCGACAUGUCGGAAAGCAGCAGCGAUGUCGUCGUUUCUCAGCAGAAAUCUGCAAGACCGCCACCAAUAGCUCUUGGAAUAAACGUGGAAAAGCCGAAAUUUCCGCAAUAUGCAGUCUACUCGAAGAG